GUUUGUGUCUUGUCCCAGUCUCACACUCUGCUCAUGUAGACCUUUGUGAAAAGCUUCCAGAGCGCAGAAUGGUUCGCUGCCUACUUCUAUUCACUGUUUCUUAACUUUUGGGCUUUGAGAUGAUGUCUUAUAACUUCAGUGACACAGUGAAGCAGGGAUAUGUGAGGAUUCGUAGUAGGCAUCUAUGGAUCUACAAGAAGUGCUGGCUUGUUCUGAAGACAGCUUCAAGCAAAGGAACAAGGAGACUUGAAAAGUUUCCUGAUGAAGGAGCUGCAUAUUUUCGAUGCUCUCACAAGGUGACAGAGCUAAAUAACAUAAGAAGUGUUAGUCGAGCGCCUAAGGGCAUCAAAAAGCAUGCAGUAGCAAUCACUUUCAAUGAUGGUACCUCAAAGAUUUUUGCUUGUGACUCAGAAAUGGAAGCUAAUGACUGGUGCAAAGUUCUACAUAAGGAGUGUUUUGGAAGCCGGAAGCUUGAUCUGAAUUUGGGUCAUCCAGACCUAUUAGCUACUGGACUCAUACAGGAGUGCAGUGAAAUGUUUCAUGUGUUUCUGCUGCCAUCUCCAAACCUUGACCUGCGAGGCGAGUGCAUCCUUCAGGUAACAUCAGAGACAAUCUGCCUGCGCAGUGUCCAGUUUCCUCAAGUCAAGCUUGUCUCUUGGCCAUUAAGUGCCCUUCGGCGAUAUGGAAGGGUCCAAGCAUGGUUCACAUUUGAAGCAGGCAGGCUGUGUGACACAGGAGAAGGACUGUUCACUUUUCAGACAAGAGACGGAGAAGCCAUCUAUCAAAGGGUCCAUGCAGCGGCUCUAGCCAUUGCUGAACACCAAACGUGGUUUGCAAAGGAUACAGCGGUUGUUCAUCUCCGUUUCAAAUUCUUUGUGAAGAGAGCUUUGCAGAUCAGAGAUGAGGAAUCCUGGCUUCAUUCAUUCAGAGAAACAGAUAUGAUGAGAGAACUCUUUAUGAACAGGAAGAGAAAAAGGAAAGAAAUGGCUUCAUGUGGACUCUUAUUAUUUGUGCUUAUGUUUUCAUCUUUUUUUUUUUUUUUACAUCUAAGCAUGUGCAGAUAAUUAAAAAAAAUCAAUUUCUAUUUUUUAUUUGCAUAAUUUUUCUAUUUUCAAAUGACUUGCUGUGUGAAAUAUGAGCCGUCAACUGCUUCACACAAGACUGCACUCCAGUAGUGUAACACUUUUAAUGUUCCAAUAAUCUCUGGUCAGUGUAUCCCUUUGUUUUCCUUCUUCUUUCUUUUACCAAUAAUUAAGAUUUCAACUUCAAACAAAAGUGUUCAAAAUGUAUUUUUUUGGAUGAGCCUUGCUCUGUAGUGGAAUAAUAUACUGUAAAAUAAUUCACAUUUUAAAAGAAUAUAUUGCAAAAUGCCUAUAGUAAGCCUAAUAGACUAUUCAUAAAUACUGUGUAAAAUAUAGUUGGACUAUUAGGCACUUUUUCUAAGUAUGUCAGAAAUAUAAUCUACUAUAUCAUAAAACACUAAGGUCUGCGUGCGUGUGUGUGAGGUCCCAUAGAGCUAUGUGAUUGCACUCUUUAUUGAAUGCAGCACAGACGUUUGUUUGUCACUAAGAACUCCACACAAUUUUAUUGCUGGGAGCCAUGCAGCUUUUGCUUUUUAAGAGCAAACCCCUAUGGCAAUAUUAUCAUUAAUUGAUUGUGAUUCAAUUUGUUUCUUUUUUGAAUGCAUGUACAGUAUU